AUGGGGAAGUCGAAGAGCAAGGGCGCCAAGUUCGCCGCCGUCAAGAAGAUCAUCAGCAAGAAGACCAUCCAGAAGUACAAGGAAGAUGUGCUGGACCCGCGGAAGAAGGACACCGAGAAGGAGAAGCUCGGCCGGAAUGUGCCGCAGGUGUCGUCGGCGCUCUUCUUCAGCUACAACAUGGCGCUCGGGCCGCCCUACCGGGUCAUCGUCGACACCAACUUCAUCAAUUUCUCCAUCCAGAACAAGGUCCGUUUGGAUUUGGAGAAAGGAAUGAUGGAUUGCCUUUAUGCAAAAUGUACCCCUUGCAUCACUGAUUGUGUUAUGGCUGAGCUUGAAAAGUUAGGACAAAAAUAUCGUGUGGCUUUGAGAAUUGCUAAGGACCCUAGGUUCCAGAGAUUAGCGUGCACACACAAGGGAACUUAUGCUGAUGACUGUAUUGUUGAGAGAAUUACUCAGCAUCUAAUAUCUUCCAGGGCGAAUGAAAGGGGCUGUUUGCACAAAUGCUACAUUGUUGCCACCUGCGAUAGAGAUUUAAAGAGGAGAAUAAGAAAGGUUCCUGGUGUGCCAAUCAUGUAUAUCACCCAACACAGGUACUCGAUAGAACGACUCCCUGAAGCUACAAUUGGUGGAGUGGCCUAA